UUUUAUUAUGAGGUAUUCUGAAAUGAACCAUUCGUCAUUGAGCUGCAAAUGUUUAUCAAGUCCAAUGUCUAUUUAUCUAUCUAGCACGUAGGAAAUAAAAAAAAUAUUAGUGAUAAUUAACCACAGUAUACAUUUAUUAUUUAUUGAAACAUGACUGCUAGUAUUGUUGUAAAGAAACAACUUUUCAUUAAAUAUAUUAUUUUAAUAGUAAAAAUGAAUUAAUACUUCAAUAUUCCGGGUAUCCGAGAAAGUUUUACAGUGUUGUGUUUUACGCGUAAUUUCUUUCGAGUACAAAAUUUUACGUCGUAGAAAACUAUUAUAUUUCGACCAAAAUGUUGCAAGGAACAUGUGAAAAAUCGAACGAUAUGAAAAUGAACGCCGUGAGUGGCGGAUGGUCGGCUGUAAAAUUACUCGAAAAGCUGAAAUUUUGCAACAGCGGUAUAAUAAAAAUCGGAACUUUAGAACGCGAACGUUCGUCGACCAAGAAACAGGAGCUUUGUGAAACCGGCCACAAUUCCAUACCUUCUGGGUGUGUGUUGUUGGUUGUGUUGAUUGCUUUAAGUGGAAUAUUCACUAUCAUAAUGUGGUUCACGGAGUUUUACAUGUUCCAAAUCUUACAGUUCGUGACCAUAACACAGGGCAGUGCUUCGUACAACAUGUGGCAAAACCCGACCGUCAAGCCGUACGUGUCGAUUUAUCCGUUCAAUUAUACCAACAUCAACCGAGUAUUGAAGUAUGGCGAUACUCCCAUAGUCCAAGAGCUAGGUCCGUUCGUCUACAGGGAGACGGUCGAACGUAUUAACGUGGAAUUCAACGCAAACGGUACUGUUACAUACCAGGAGCGGAGAAGUAAUGAGUUCGUACCAGAGAUGUCUCAGGGCGACCCGGAACGAUUAACCAUAACCGUGCCAAAUUUACCACUGAUCAGCGCUAUAUCGAAGAGUGCCGACACGUUUUACCUGACACAAAAAUUCAUGUCGCUGUUUUUGGACGGGUUCAAAGUAAAGCCGUUUCUACAUCUAAAGAUUAACGACUACUUUUGGGGUUACGAGGAUAGUAUAUAUACAUUGGCCCAAGGCCUGGCAUCGACGGUGCACAGAGAUGCCAGGUUGUCGAAGUUCGGAAUAAUUACCGGGCGGCGCGGCGUGUCGCCCGACCGUAUCACGAUCCACAGUGGCGUUGGAAACCUGAACGAGCUCGGCGUCAUCACCCGCUACAACGGGCUGGACACAUUGGACGUGUGGAAGACGGACGAGUGCAACAGGUUGGACGGCAGCGACGGGUCUCAGUUUCCGCCGACCACGUUGAACCGCAAGUCGAAACUGUUUGUGUUCCACAUGGAUCUGUGCCGUCGGUUCCCGCUGGUUUAUAAAGAAGACAUCGAAACGGUACCUGGGGUGACAGCAUUCCGUUUCCAGGCACCCAGAAAUGUGUUCGACACACCCAACACAAACCCAGACAACGAUUGUUAUUACACUUCUGAAACUUUUCCACCAUCGGGAGUGUUCAAUUCGUCACCGUGCAACGGCGCCCCGGUAAUGAUGUCGUUCCCACAUUUCUAUUUAGGCGAUCCGGAGUUGAGAAGAGACAUUCACGGGCUGUCUCCAGAUCCCGAGCUGCAUGAGACCUUUGUAGAUGUUCAUUCCAAGUUGGGUGUAUCCCUGGGAGGGCGGUCCAGAUUUCAAGUGAAUAUAAUGUUAAAAAAAGCUGAUGGCAUAUCGCAUUUCAAAAAUUUCAAACAGGGGAUAAUACUGCCCGUUGCAUGGAUAGAAGUGAAAGUCGACAAACUUCCUGAUGACAUAAAAAGAACUCUUCAACAAACUUCUAUUAGUAUCAACCUUGGUGAGAUAUUGUUGAAGUGGACAUCGUUAUUGACACUUACGUUUUCUAUGGUAUUUUUGGUCAGGAAAAUCAUAUUAAAAGAUUGUUUUAUGUCUAAUGAAAAACAAAUUUUGCCUAUGAAUAAAUAAUUGUUCUGUACUAAAUAAAAUAUGUAUUAUCUUCUAUAA